AUGGCAUCGCCGCCAAAACCGUGGGAAAGACCAGGCGCAGCGUCUGGAACGACUGCAACUCUUUCUUCCCCAUCCUCAGCCGCUCCAGCUGCGACAACAACUGCGACUCCCAACGCACUUUCCAAUCCCGCCAUGGCGACUUCCACCACAACCGCGUCCGGUACCCCGCCGAUACCGCCAGUUCCGGCCUCUCUGACCUCUUCGGUCACACAGAACGCGGCUGCUUACAGCAGGCCAUACGCCGCCUCGCCCUAUGGCGGAGGUUACGGUUCAGCCUACUCGUCGCCCUACUCAUCACCAUACAACAGAUAUGGCGCUAUGGGCGGUAUGGGUGGUUAUGGGGGCUAUGGAAGUAGCAUGUAUGGAGGCAUGGGUGGAUAUGGUGGCGGCAUGUACGGAGGAGGCAUGUACGGGGGCGGGAUGCCAGGAGACCCAAACAACCCGGAGAGUCUCACCAACCGCUUCAACAUGAGCACCCAGGCCACCUUCCAGAUGCUCGAAGGCAUUGUGGGCGCCUUCGGAGGAUUUGCCCAGAUGCUGGAGAGCACUUACAUGGCCACGCAUUCCAGCUUCUUCGCCAUGGUAUCUGUGGCCGAACAGUUUGGAAACCUACGUGACACCCUCGGCUCAGUCUUGGGUAUCUUUACCCUGAUGCGUUGGAUUCGCACCCUGAUCGCCAGGAUUACAGGCAGACCCCCACCGGUGGAUGCCACAGCCCUCACGCCCGCUGCGUUCGCCCGCUUCGAGGGCCGCAAGCUUCCCGACGGCAGCGCCCCACCCAAGCCCAGCCGCAAGCCUCUCUUCUUCUUCCUCCUCGCCGCCUUCGGCCUUCCGAUGAUCAUGAGCAGGAUUAUCCGAGGGCUGGCUGCCAGCGCUGAAGAAGAGGAGCGCAAGCGCCAAAUCAUGGCUGCUCAGCAAGUUGUUGACCCCAACAAUCUUGUCUUCUGCCGCGUGCUCUACGACUUUACCCCUGCCAAUAGCGGUCCGGCUGCCGUUCAGGGAGUCGAUAUCCAGGUGCACAAGGGCGACUUUGUUGCCGUCCUGAGCAAGAGCGAUCCCAUGGGCAACCCAAGCGAGUGGUGGAAGUGCCGCGCUCGCGAUGGAAGAAUUGGAUAUCUCCCUGCGAAUUUCCUCGAAGUUAUGCGCAAGCCCAACGAGCCCAUCGCUGCCAUCAAGAACACCCCCGCCAGCGAGAGCAGUAGAACUAGCUCCUUGACCAGCUCCGUCAGCGCCCCUGGCACGCUCAGCACGAACCCCCUGAAGGCCCCCCCGAUGCCGACAACCAAGGUUGGCGACGUGACCGUGGAGAGCUUCCAGAAGUCAACGUUCCAAUCUUAG